CCAGUGUGAUUCAGAAGGGCAGUUCUGUGGGGACUGAAUGGCAGACCCCAGUUAUCUCAGAAGCCUUUCGGAGCCGCUUCAGCCGCUGUUCAAGUAUAGCUGACAGUGGGGACACAGCCAUUGGGACAUCAUGCUCAGAUAUUGCAGAAGAUUUUUGCAGUUCAAGUGGCAGCACUUCUUUCCAGCCUAUCAAGAGCCAUAUAACCAUCCCAACAGCCCAUGUGAUGCCUUCUACUUUGGGGACCUCUCCUGCGAAGCCCAAUUCUACACCUGCUGCACCCUCUUCUAAACUCCCUUUGUCAGGGUUGGCUGAAAGUGUGGGGAUGACAAGAAAUGGAGACUUUGGUGCAGUGAAACAUUCUCCAGGCCUAUCAAGAGAUCUCAUGUAUCUCUGUGGUGCUACUGGAGAAAAUGGCAUUGAACAAUCCUGGUUUCCAGCAGUUGGCCAUGAAAGAGAGGAAGAGAUGAGGAAGUUUGAUAUUCCUAACAUGGAGUCUACCCUCAAUCAGUCAGCUGUGGUCGAAUCACUUUAUUCAGAUCCUCACUAUCGAGUCCACUUCCACAACUCAAGAUCUGACACAAACAAAGAAUUAUACAAAGUAUUGCCUGAGGCCAAGAAGGCACCAGGCAGCGGAGCAGUAUUUGAUCGACAUGGACCACAGUCUAGCAGCAGUGGGAUGCUCCCUUUGGGAAUCCAGCCAGCUCCUGGGCUCUCCAAGCCUCUGUCCUCUCCAGUGUGGCAACCAAAUCCUGAUCCUUGGCAUCCUCGAGAACAAUCUUGUGAACUCAGUACUUGUCGACAACAGCUGGAAUUGAUACGUUUACAGAUGGAGCAAAUGCAGCUUCAGAAUGGAGCCAUCUGCCACCAUCCUACUGCUUUUGCUCCUUUACUGCCCACUUUGGAGCCAGCACAAUGGAUUAGCAUCUUGAAUAGCAAUGAGCACCUUCUAAAGGAAAAGGAACUCCUCAUUGACAAACAGAGGAAACACAUCUCUCAGCUGGAACAGAAAGUACGAGAGAGUGAACUUCAAGUCCACAGUGCCCUUUUAGGCCGCCCUGCCCCCUUUGGAGAUGUCUGUUUGCUGAGACUACAGGAAUUGCAGCGAGAGAACACUUUCUUACGUGCACAAUUUGCACAGAAGACAGAAGCCUUGAACAAAGAAAAGAUGGAGCUUGAAAAGAAACUGUCUUCUUCAGAAGUUGAAAUACAGCUCAUCAGGGAGUCUCUUAAAGUGACACUGCAGAAGCAUUCAGAGGAGGGGAAGAAACAGGAAGAAAGGGUCAAAGGUCGUGACAAACAUAUCAAUAAUUUGAAAAAAAAGUGUCAGAAGGAAUCGGAGCAGAACCGUGAGAAACAGCAGCGUAUUGAGACCUUGGAACGCUACCUGGCUGACUUGCCUACGCUGGAAGACCAUCAGAAGCAGAGCCAGCAGCUUAAGGAUGCUGAGUUGAAGAACACAGAGCUGCAAGAGAGAGUGAUUGAGCUAGAAAGUUUACUGAAGGAGACCCAGGGAGACUGUCGAGAGAAGGAGGUUCAGCUGGAAAACCUGAGACAGAGGGAAGCAGCACAUUCUUCUACUAGACAUAGCCUGCAAGAUAAGCAGUUUGUGGAGGAAUGCAAUGGAGAAGAUUCACGAGUGGAAUUGGAAUCUUGGCAGAAGGAAUGUGAUUCUCUCCAAAAGAUUGUGGAGAAGCAACAGCAAAAGAUGGAUCAGUUGCACUUACAAGUACAGAGCCUGGAGCAAGAAGUGAUUCAAGAAGAAGAGACAAGCCAGGCCCUGAGAGAGGAAGCCCAGCGGAGAGAGACUGCCCUGCAACAGCUGCGCACAGCAGUGAAGGAGCUCUCAGUUCAGAACCAGGACUUGAUUGAGAAGAACCUAACGCUGCAGGAGCACUUGCGCCAGGCCCAGCCAGGGUGUCUACCUUCGCCAGACACAUCCCAGAUGGCCUUUGAGCUACACCAAGAAUUGGCCAGUUGUCUUCAAGAUCUGCAGGCUGUCUGUAGCAUUGUGACACAGAGGGUCCAGGGCCAUGACCCGAAUCUUUCUCUGCUCCUGGGCAUUCACUCCACACAGUACCAAGGGACUCCUCUAGAUUUGCAGAAGCCAGAUGUGAUCAGGAGGAAACUUGAAGAGGUUCAGCAGCUACACCGGGACAUCGAAGACUUAAGGACCAAUUUGUCAGACAGAUAUGCCCAGGACAUGGGAGAAAACUGUGCCACACAGUGAGGACUGCUGAGGGUGGGGCAUACCAUAUCCCUCAGGGAGGGCCUGGGCUUCUGAGCCUAGCUAGCAGAUUCCUGCUGCUGUCUCAGAGAGCAGUCAGAGGGGAGGAAGGAGGGGUCCCCUUGCACUGACUUUGCCUUAUUGGGUUGUGUUAGUUCUGUUAUCUUAAUUCACCUUUUGAGAGAGAGUUACUAAUUAACUUUUGCAGGUUCAACUGAUAAGUCCUCAGAAAUUGUUCCCAGCCCUUGGCUGAUAUCAGGUCAACCAGCUGUUCACCUCCCCCUCUCUGUCCUCUAGGAUGGAUCUCCGUUCAUUCCCACUCUAUUACUUGAACCUGCUGCUGAUGCCCCUAACUCAUUUAGGGGAGAUGGAAAAGGCCCAGUAGGGGUACCAACCUUUUGAGAAUUCUCAAGCCCCAUGUGCCAGCCUUUCUGGGAGUUGAACUGGCUCUUUGGGUUUUCUCAGGCACAGUCCUUCUGCUUCCUCCUCAGGGCUCUUGUUCUUGCAGAAGCCUCAGGGUGAUCUGUUCAUUAGCAAAGUACCCAGUAGGACUGGGGGCUCUGAUGGUUACAGCCAGGGCUCCUUUGCCUGCCUGCCUGCCAUGCCAUCUGUAUAGGAGUCCUCACUCUUCAGCAGCCCAACACAGCCUCUUUCCCCUUUGUUCUCAGGCCUUCCAGGUAGAUCCUCUCUUGGGCUUUGAGUACAGACCUUUCUCUGUGGUUCUGGUCUUGGGCAGAAUUUUCCCCCAGAGGGCCACCGGGCACUUGUCAAGCUGCUUACUCCUUCUGCCAGGGCUGUGUCAGCCCUGUGAUUUGUGCCUCAUGUUGGGGGAACCCUUUUCCUUUCCUGUUCUGGUCUCCUAAGGAGUCAGCUCUGAGAGUUAACUUUCAGUGUUUCCUGGAGGUUUGUUUCUCUGGGGCAUUUGCUUUUGUUUUUUGUUUUUCUUGCCUGGUUUAGAAGGCAUCCCACAAUUGUUAAUGUCUGGUUGUUGGCCAGUCCCAGGCCUCCUCUAGAUCUGGCGCAAGGCUACACAGGGGCCAUGUGUGUGUAUGGGGAGCAAAUCUGUUCUGGAGACCAGAAGCAGCCAUGCCAAGACUUUUGACAAACUUUGGGCUGUUGGCAGCAUCUUGGACCUCACUCCAGGACUGAAUGAGCCUCCUUCUUAAGUGUUUUUACAAGUUUGUGUUUUAUUUAUGGAGUGACUUAUCCCUUCCAUUCAGAGCGGCCCCACCCAGCUGGCUAUCCCCUCAGCCUCUGGGCUCCUGCCUCCUAAAAGCAGAGCUGCCUGGUUGGUCUCCACCCAGGGUUGGGAGACCUGCCACCAUGCUCACGGGUAUUUUUCCUUGUGAAGUUUAUAAGCAGUUAUUUAUAUGCAUCUUCGUUAUGUCAACUGAUUUGUAAUGCCUAUUUUGAUUACAGAA